ACUCCUGCUAUCGAUUAUGGUUUCUGCAGCUGUAUUUCAAAAGCGCAUGCGUACCUAAAUAUUUAGAAUUGUAUUAGCAUUAUAAAGAAACAUGGUAUGUGAAGAGUAAAAGACAAAAGAGGAAAAACAAGCAAAUAUGCUUCCAAUGGAGGGGAUUAACUUUGCCAUUAACUAUACUGAAAGCGAUGACUUAACCAUAGAUGCCUCCCCUGAAAUGGGGGACAAAGAUACACUGUUGAUUAUAAUGGACUGUUUAGUUAAUGUAUUUGUUCUACUACUAAAUAUCUCUCUUGCAGUAUUAAUUCUCUGUCACUCAAAGAUACGACAACAACUAUUCUAUUGGAGGGUUUUAAAUUUGUGUUUGUCUGACCUUAUCGUUGGGGUAUUAGUACUGCCGUUCGGAAUAAGUUACACGCACAACUAUGCUUGGCUACAUGGUCAUGUACUUUGUCAAACGUAUGUUAUUCUGGAUGUUACACAUUUUGGAUUUUCUUCUUUAGUCAUUACAACGAUGUGCGCGGACAGAUUCUUGUCGAAACUUUUGGAGCUGUAUCCGGAUAAACUACGGAUUAUAAAGUUUGUGCAACUGUUUCUGUUCAUCAUGCCUUGGUUUUUCACAUUAUGUCUUUUUCUGCCAUUACUUUUAUCUAGCGUAAAAACAAUGGGUGUAGUGUUCCGCCAUACUUGUGGCUUUAUAUUACACGACGAUAUGCUAGUUCCGACAGCCGUUGUUGCAUACUUGAUACCAAAUUUACUGUUAAUCUUAACCACUGUUAUCAUGUUGAUUAUCUUCAAAGUAAAACGGCCUGUAUGGUAUAGACUGGACGAACCAGAGGCUCCUGGGAGUCACAUCACUCCACAUCUUAGAUCCUCCACCAUUGCAACAUUAAUUGUUAGUUGUAUUACCAUGUUGUUUUGGUUCCCUUAUUUGGUCAAUAUGUUCAUAAUGGUAACCUGUAGAUCUCAUCGGUGCUUUCCAGGUUUAGAAGUAUUCAAAGCAACAUUAAUACUGUGUACUCUGACAUCACUAUUUACACCUUGCCUCUGGUUAAGUGACGAUGAGAUCAGAACGGCUGCGAAACAGUCCGUUCGGAGGAUACGGGCCUUUUGUCUGAAACCAUUGGUUGUGCGGGAACAACAGUAUAAUGAACAUAUAAACGAAGAAGAUUUAUAAUCAUCCAAUGAUCUUUUGCUCUGACAGUUUAUAUAUCUUAAAAUAAGCUUUUAAUGUCAAUAUGUCUAUACAGAAAAAGUUGUUUGUCUACUUAACUGAUUAUGUGUUCAAGCUAUGUGCGUAACUGCUUAUAAAAUGUGAAAUGUUACCUAUAACUUUAUGUUUCAGUUUUACAAAAAUAAAUCUUUCAGGUUUAUA